AGGCGCCACCGCGCGUCUUCCCCAGCGAGUCGCUCAAUACAUGCUAUGAAGUCACACCGUGUUUUAUUAUUAAAAUACCGAGUUAUCCAGAAUCUCUCAGUGGCGACGAGGAUAGCAACGAACUCUUGGAAAAGUAUUUAUAAACGACAAGUAUUUAAUUAAAAUGUCGAUUGGAAGAAUUCCUGAGUUUGACCUACAUAAGGACGAUUGGAGGUCAUACGUCGACCGCCUCGAACAAUAUUUUGUUGUCAACAAAAUUUCGGAGGAUUUACAAGUUCCGACGUUAAUUACCGUGAUGGGAGCCGAGUGUUACGAACUGUUAGUGAAUUUAUGUACUCCAACCAAACAAAAAGAUAAAUCUUUUUUGGAAAUCACAAACAUUCUAGAAAAACAUCUCCAACCAAAACCAAGUACCCUCGCAGAAAGAUAUAAAUUCCGGCAUAGGAAACAAAAAAGUUGUGAAACAAUAGCGGAGUAUGCAGCAAUAUUGAAGAGGAUAUCGAAAUCUUGUGAAUUUGGUCAAUGGUUGGAAGAAAGUUUAAGAGAUCAGCUGGAUGCAGCGGCUGUGGAAGGAUACGGGCAAGGUGAAUCGUCGUGCAGCUCGAGCACGGCUGAGUGCCAGGCGAUGGCAGCGACUCGACGUGGCAACGGACGCGGUCGGCCAGGGAGGACGGCACCUACGGCAUCGAGGUGGCAGCGGCAGCAAGGAAAAGCAGCGGACGGAGCACAACAAUGUGCUGCGUGCGGUGGACCCCAUGGCGGCACGAAGUGUCGGUUCGCGGCAUAUGUGUGCAGAGUAUGUAAUCGUAAGGGGCAUCUACGUCGGAUGUGCCCAAACCUGACGACGUACCAUCACGUAGACAUCGGAACACCUAAAGUGGUCGAAUCGGACGAGACGGACAGUGACGAGGUAAGAAUAUUUGAUAUAAAAAAAUUGUCCAUAGAAGAGUGUACACCGCUAUGUAUUUCAAUCAACGUUCACGGAAAAGAUUGACAUGGAGUGUGACACGGGUAGCGCCGUAUCUUGUAUAAGUUACAAAUUUUAUAAACAUAAUUUUAGUGAUUUACCUAUCAGCAAAUGUAAUGUUUUACUUAGAUAUUACACAGGUGAAAUAGUUCGUCCGGUGGGGGUGGCUACGCCACUAGUGAGGUAUAAAAAUACACAAAAAAAAUUAAAUUUGUUCAUAAUCAGAGAUGGUAAAACCGUUCUUUUGGGUCGACAGUGGUUAGCCGAACUUAAUAUUCAACUACCAGUGUUUCAGUAUCACGAUGUAAACAAUGUUAAUUAUAAGGAUUUUGACGAAAGUAAUUUUAUGUAUAGAUUCAGUGAAGUAUUUGCGGAUGAGCUUGGACGGUUCAGCGGCGGGCGGGUUAGCAUCCACCUGCGGCAGGGGGCGCGGCCGGUGUUCAUGCGCGCGCGUCCUCUGGCGUAUGCGCUGCGGGAACCGGUGGAGCGAGCGCUCGAGCAGCUGGUGCGAGACGGCGUCCUCACGCCGGUGGAGCGCUCCGACUGGGCCACACCCAUUGUACCCGUUCUCAAAAAGGAUGGUAAUAUUAGAAUUUGCGCUGAUUAUAAAUUAACACUGAAUAAAGUGCUAGAAGUCGACCGUUAUCCCUUGCCACGCAUAGAUGAUUUGUUAUCGCGUUUACAUGGCGGUGAACGUUUCAGUAAGAUUGAUUUAUCUCAGGCGUACGCUCAGUUGGAGCUUGACGAAUCAAAAAAGUAUACGGUUAUCAAUACACAUAAGGGUUUAUACAUGUACAUUCGACUAGUUUACGGCUUGUCGUCGAGUCCAGGAAUUUUUCAAAAACACUUAGAAGAAUUAUUGACAGGGUUACCGAAAGUGGGUGUAUUUUUAGAUGACGUAAUUAUAACGGGUCCUGAUAGUCGUAGUCACAUAAAAAAAUUAUAUAAAGUGUUCGAGCGAUUGCAGUCUCACGGGCUGCGCGUUAAGAAAGAAAAAUGUGUAUUUUUCGCAGAAUCUAUGAACUACUUAGGGCACGUCAUUAGUAAAGAGGGUGUUCACACGUGUCCGGAAAAAGUCCGGGCAAUUGUAAACACGCCUGCACCCACCAAUAUUUCAGAACUGCGAUCUUUCAUCGGGCUAGUAAUGUAUUAUGGUAAAUUCGUACGAAAUGUUAGUUCAUUGCUGGCCCCGUUAUAUCGUUUGCUAAAAACCGGGGUUCGAUUCCUGUGGAGUACUGAGUGUCAAUUGGCAUUCAAUGAAGUAAAAAAAAUAUUAAGUUCGAGCGAAGUGCUUGCUCAUUAUACGUUAGACUUACCCGUGGUACUGACGGCGGACGCCAGCGGGGUCGGAGUCGGCGCCGUGAUAUCGCAUAUCACUGAAGAGGGAGAGCGGCCGAUCGCAUAUGCGUCGCGUACUCUCAGCGCGGCCGAGCGGGCCUAUGCGCAGAUAGAUCGAGAGGCCUUAGCAAUAAUAUUCGGUAUUAAAAAGUUUCAUCAGUACUUAUAUGGUAGAAAAUUCGUUUUAAGGACUGAUCACAAACCCUUGACGUAUAUUUUCGGCAGUAAAGUGGGCAUUCCAGUUAUGGCCGCUUCGAGAUUACAGCGUUGGGCAGUAUUAUUGUCGGGAUACAAUUAUGACAUAGAAUAUGUAAGUUCACACAAAAAUUGUGCAGAUGCGUUAUCUCGUUUGCCGCAACCGGUACAUAAACGGCUUCCGAAGUCGGAGGGAAUGAAUUACAUUAAUUUCGUAGAAAAUUUUCUCCCGGUCACAAAUGAUGACGUCAGAACGGCAACAGCAAGCGAUCCGGAAUUAAGUAGAAUUUUAACCUAUGUUCAGUCCGGAUGGCCCGCGUCCUGCCCAAAAGAAGUGUUGCAGCAAUAUUAUAUUAAACGUAAUGAACUAUACAUAGAUAGGGGCUGUAUUAUGUGGGGUUACCGCUUGGUGAUACCGCGCACUUUAAGAAAAAAAAUACUUAUGCAAUUACAUACUGGUCACAUGGGCAUUGUUAAAACUAAGUCCAUAGCUCGAAGUUACGUAUGGUGGCCUAAUAUAGAUACAGACGUCGAAUCCGAAUGCCGAGCAUGUGAGACGUGCGCGGUGGAGUCACAAGCACCCCCGCGCACCCCACCGCAGCCUUGGCCGUACCAUUUGCAGCCAUGGAGCAGACUCCAUAUAGAUUUUUUAGGCCCUUUUAACGGAAAAAAAAUUCUUAUUUUAAUAGACUCCAGUACGAAAUGGCUAGAAGUGUUUGAAAUGCCAAAAACAAAUGCUACAGCGGUUAUUAAGGUAUUACGGUGUACGUUCGCAAGAUUCGGCUUACCACUAGAGCUAGUAUCGGAUCAAGGGCCACCCUUCACUAGCGCGGAAUUUAAGGAGUUUUUAACACGAAAUGGUAUUCAGCAACGUUUCUCGCCUGCUUAUCACCCGUCUUCGAAUGGCGCCGCGGAAAAUGCUGUAAAUAUUUGUAAAAAAGCAAUAAAAAAAGCACAUAGGGAAUCAAUCGAUGUUGACGCCGCGUUGCAAACAUUUUUACUUACUUAUCGUAACAGUAUACACAGCAGCACAGGUGAAAGCCCUUCAAUGCUGUUACAAAAACGAACGUUACGAUCACGGCUAGACUUAUUACGAAGCGAUCGCGCGCUCAUAAAUAAGGUAAAUCAGGCUCAAAGUAAGCAAGUGGAGUACACGGGCGGGGUGCAGCGCUCGUUUGCACCGGGGGAACCUGUGUGGGUGCGAGAGUACGGCCACAAGGAUAGGUGGGUGAAGGGAACGAUAGUUCAUGGCGAAGGUUCGAGGAGAUAUUCUGUGGACAAGGGGGACAGUCGACAAGUAGUUAAGCACGUUGAUCAAAUCAAGCGCAGAUCAGGGUUGUACGACAUACCAUUCCCUGAGGAGCAAAGCGAGUCAAUGAGGGUACAAAUACCUGAUAGUAGUGGCUCGGCGAGACACGGAAUGUCGAAGGAGGACGACGGCCCGGACACAUCCCCGACUACGGUUGUGGGUGAUUCGGGAAAGGAGAGGAAACGGGUUUCGAGUGAACGCAUUAAAAGUCCUGGAAUCGAAUAUAGUACACCGCCAACGUCACCUAGUGCACCGUCGCCUGAACCGCCUCGAGCCCGAUCCGGGCGAGUUCGUAAACCUGUUGUUAGGUUUCAAGUUUAGCUUAGUUUAUUAGUUUAUUAGAUUUAGUAACUAAGUUUAGUUUAGUUUAUUACAUUUAUAGAUAAUGUAUUAUAUAGUUAAGGUAUUAUUAUAAGUACAUUUGUGAUUACAUAAUUAUGUACCUUACUUAAUAAUAUCUGAUAAUACCAUAUAUUAAGAAGGGAGGUGUGAUAUAUGUAGGUAUAAAUUAAUAUUGUAUUAUGUAGGUAGGCGCCACCGCGCGUCUUCCCCAGCGAGUCGCUCAAUACAUGCUAUGAAGU